UGUGUGGGUUUCAUUUCCGGUUGUAAACAACUGUAUGGCUGCAGCGCCACCGGCUGCCAGAUAAACUGAACUACAAGUAGAACAAUUUGAGACACUCGUUUUUUAAAAAAUCUGUAUUAUUUUCAGUUCUAUAAAGUGGAAUCUGUCAUUGACUAUAAAUUAUUCUUUAAUCAUUUAAUAUUAAUUUGUUUACACCAGAAGCUAACAGAUUCCACUGUUUGUCUAAAAAUGGAGUGGAUUUACUAAUCUGUUAAUUAGAUUACUGUUCCUACCUCGGUGCCUGCUGUGUCCUUUCGUAGACCCACCGGUCACUAUAACGACACUAACGCAGCCUUCCUGUGUUGGUUUUAACUGCUCUCACACACUAUUUUAAUAAGUAUGUGUAGAUCAGAGAGUUGACUGAGGAAUCUGUGUUAAAUGCUUCUCAGGAUGGCUCUUGUGACAUUACCUUUACUUACUUUUAUUUGCCUGAUAAGUCUAGGUAAUGUAAGUGGAAAUGACAAGAUUUAUUCAGAAAACAUCACUCGCAUUUUGGAUCGACUGUUGGAUGGCUAUGACAACAGACUGCGUCCUGGAUCUGGGGGUGGUGUUACCGAGGUGAAAACAGACAUUUUUGUCACCAGCUUCGGACCCGUUUCUGAUGUUGACAGGGAGUACACCAUGGACAUGUUCUUCCGCCAGAUGUGGGUUGAUGAGCGCUUGAAGUACGAGGGCCCCAUUGAAAUCCUGCGGCUGAACAACCGUAUGGUGGACAAGAUCUGGACACCAGAUACUUUUUUCAGAAACUCAAAGAAGUCCAUUUCCCAUAACAUGACCACACCCAACAAGCUCUUCCGCAUCAUGCAAAAUGGAACUGUCCUCUACACUAUGAGACUGACAAUCAGUGCAGAAUGUCCUAUGAGGCUGAUGGACUUCCCCAUGGAUGGCCACGCCUGUCCUCUCAGAUUUGGAAGCUACGCCUACACAAGUGGUGAAAUUGUGUUCACCUGGAAGAAGGGACCAAUAGCAUCUGUGGACUUUCCCAAGGAGUCCAUCAGUCUUCUGCAGUAUGAUCUGGUGGGACAGACUUUGUCCAGUGAGAUAUUCAAAUCCAAUACAGGUCACUACUCUGUGCAGGUGGUCCAUUUCCACCUCCAGAGGAAGCUCGGCUACUACCUCAUACAGACCUACAUCCCCCUCAUAAUGGUUGUUGUGUUGUCACAAGUCUCUUUUUGGAUCAACAAGGAGUCUGUUCCUGCACGUACAGUGGCUGGCAUCACCACAGUGUUGACAAUGACCACCUUGAGCAUCAGUGCCCGUCAGUCACUUCCCAAAGUGGCCUAUGCCACCGCCAUGGAUUGGUUCAUUGCUGUGUGUUUUGCCUUUGUGGCGUCGGCUCUUGUCGAGUUUGCAGCAGUAAACUACUUUGCCACGCUGCAGGCCAACCGUCUGAAGAAACAAAAAGCCAGACAAGACAAGCUUGAGGUGUUGGCGACCGGCAGUGACGAUGAUGACACAGUUUCGUCGGACAGCAGCCCUCAGGAAGGCCUGAAGAGGAGAAACCACUCAGUGUGCCGCAGUGAGGGAGGAGAAGCUCCGCCACUGCCGAUCUUCCUCCAGCAGGGCUCAGCUUUUCCUCAAAUCCCACAGCUGGCCGGCACAAGCCCCAUCGACAAGUACGCCCGCAUCCUCUUUCCCCUGGCCUUCGGCCUCUUCAACCUCGUCUACUGGUACAUCUACAUGGCCAAGGACACCAUGGAGGGUGCCAGAGACAUGGAUCUUAAAAACUAAGAGGACCUGGAAAAGGGCACGUGCAGCCGGAGAGACCGUCAGCAUCCAGCCAGCCUCACCUCUCCUCUCCCUCAUCUCUCUCUCUCUCUCUCUCUCUCUCUCUCCCCUCUCCCUCUCUCUCUCUCUCCCUCAUCUCUCUCUCUCUCCCUCUCCCUCUCUC